UUUAUUUCUCUCCUUUUCCUGUUUCCGGUUAUGGAGGUCUGCUGCUAGAAAGACAUUUAAUCGCAGCUGCGCUCAACAGCAAGAGAAAUUUUAAGCAGCAGAAAAGCAAAGCAGCGAAUUUAUCACAGCAGAGUAACUGAAGAUGCCGGUCGCUGUCGGUCCGUACGGCCAGACCCAGCCCAGCUGCUUUGACCGGGUCAAGAUGGGCUUCAUGAUGGGCUUUGCCGUGGGAAUGGCUGCAGGCGCCAUGUUUGGGACUUUCUCCUGUCUCAGGAUCGGGAUGCGGGGCCGGGAGCUGAUGGGCGGCAUUGGGAAGACCAUGAUGCAAAGCGGUGGGACGUUUGGCACCUUCAUGGCCAUCGGGAUGGGAAUCCGUUGCUGAGGAAGACCACUGCCUCCUCUUCCUCCCUCGGACUGUACAGCCUGGGGACUCAGAAAACCACAUGGUCCAAACCCGCUGUCUAGUUAUCAAUAAAGGUUCUGGUUCGUCACAUGACA